GAGUUGAUCGUUGACGUUUCCAUGCUUCCACGCCAUGGUGAACUUGUAUUCCUUGAUGGCACUGCCACCUCCAUCACUUGGCUUGAUUUCAAGUUAGAACCAAAGCUUAUAUACAAACAUGGACCUCUUUUUCGUCGAUUCUUUUGCUUUGUCAAUUCCAAUCAAUUCCUCACUCAGGGUGAGGAACCACGUAGUGACUCAAUCACCUUCUUUAUAUAUCCAGCCAGUGAAAGAACUCGUCGUUCUAGUCGAUUGCGAGUAACUGUAUUAAUCCAUAUCAAUUCCUUACGGGAUCCACUGGUCCAAGUAUCGAGGUUCCCGACGUCGAUUUCCGUAAGGAAUUCUGGCGUGGUGUCACUGUCGUCACAGUUUUUCUUCGCCUCACAUCCGCACGUACCACCUCAGUCCAUCGUCUAUGAGCUGGUGCAUCCCGGAUCGGCACUUACCGAGAUUCGCGUUAGUGGACAGAAGAGGAAUAUGUUCAGCCAGCAACAGAUUAACGAAGGUGUGGUGUCGAUCGGUCAUGUACCGUCGUCGUCGAUGUCCAUGUCGUCAUACGACGUCGUCGUGUUCUCCGUCGAAGGUCAUUCACGUGCACUUAUCGUCAGAAUUAAGCCUUUAGAUUUGGCAUUAGAAAACCAUACAGUUAUCGAAUAUCCACAAGGGAAAACCUAUGUGGUGUUGAAUAGACAAAAGCGAAAGUGUGAUUCAAGAGAUUUUCAGAUCACGAGUGGUCCUGAAAAUGGUACAUUCUAUUGGGUGGCUGGUGAGAAAGAAGCAAAACACUUCACGCAGAAAGAUAUCGAUGAAGGAAAAAUCCUUUAUGCUCAACUCAACAUGAACUCUUACAAGGAUAGCUUUGAGUUCUUAUUAGCGAAUACUGAAAAAGGCGUGGUACGUAACCGAUCGGAGAUCUCAGUUCGACCACUGGUGACCGCUCAACCUGUAAUCGUCGAGACGAACAGUGUCGUCCCGUUGACCGCCAGCCAACUGAACGCCAGUGCCUUACAGGGAUCUACACCUCGGUUCCUCAUCACAUCAACUCCGAAAUACGGAAGAAUUUCACUUGAUCAGCUUUCGAAUCAUUCUGUUCAUUUCUUCACAUUUCCUGAUAUCCUACGCGGUCGAGUUUAUUAUCAGGCGUUUAGUACAGACAAUGAGGUAAGUGGUUAUUCGCGUGUUUUUGUAAUCGUGGAAAACAAAAUUAGAUAG